AUGGGUAUCACUGGCAUCCGUACUGCUCUGAAGGUGGAUUUGGAGAAGCAUGCCCGCGAGCAGCCUGGCUUACACAACCGAUGGCACCCGGAUAUCCCGGCCUGUGGAAAGAUCGCUAACAAUGAAGUCGUAAAGAUCGAAUGUCUGGACUGGACGGGCGGACAGAUCAAGAACAACGACUCGGCCGACGAUGUGAAGAACGUCGAUCUCACUGAGAUCCACUAUCUCUCCGGCCCAUUCGAAAUCGAGACCGCCGAGCCGGGCGAUGUCUUGGUAGUUGAAAUCCAAGAUGUUCAACCUUUCCAAGAACAGCCAUGGGGAUUCACCGGUAUCUUCGACAGGCAGAAUGGCGGCGGCUUCUUGGAUGAGCUGUAUCCGAAAGCUGCGAAGGCAAUUUGGGAUUUCGAGGGAAUUUUCUGUUCCUCGCGCCACAUCCCGCACGUUCGCUUUGCGGGUUUGAUUCAUCCGGGCAUUCUAGGAUGUGCUCCCUCGGCGGAAGUCCUUGCCGAAUGGAAUCGCCGUGAGGGUGAGCUUAUUUCUGCGAAUACUAUUGAAGAUCGCAUCGUUGCGCAGCCGCCAAACCCCACAAAUGUCCAUGCUGGUAGCUCUGCUGAGGAUAUUAAGGAAAAGGUCGCAAAGGAGGGUGCACGAACAAUUCCGGGCCGUCCUGAGCACGGAGGUAAUUGUGAUAUCAAAAACCUCUCCCGUGGCUCCAAGGUCUACCUGCCCGUUCACGUCCCAGGCGCGAAAUUCUCGGUGGGAGAUCUUCACUUUUCCCAGGGAGAUGGCGAAAUUUCGUUCUGUGGCGCCAUCGAAAUGGCAGGUGUUAUCACAUUGAAGUUCUCUGUGAUCAAGAACGGUAUGGCGAAGCUAGACAUGAAGUCGCCGAUCUUCCAUGCCGGUCCUGUAGAGCCCCAAUUCGGCCCCGGGCGCUAUCUCACCUUUGAGGGAUUCUCAGUGGAUGAGAAUGGCAAGCAACAUUAUUUGGAUGCUACAGUGGCCUAUCGACAGACUUGCUUGCGAGUCAUUGAAUACCUGCGACGGUUCGGGUAUAAUGAUUAUCAGAUUUACUUGCUGCUCAGCUGUGCUCCUGUACAGGGACAUAUUGCUGGCAUUGUGGAUAUACCAAAUGCCUGUACUACUAUCGGUGUGCCUAUGGAUAUCUUCGAUUUCGAUAUCAGACCCGAGGCUGAGGUUAUCAAGAAGGAUAUGGGAGCUUGCGCAUUCACGACCGAGUAA